UUACGUAAUCAUAUUGAUCAAUUAACAUUCUCUCGUAUUCUUUCAGUAAUUACACGACGAGAAGAAGUAGAUAACCGGCACUUACCCGGUACACUCAACACCCAUUAACGUGCUCAGGCAUACAACAGAGGAAGAAAAACCAUUAAAACAAUCUCACGUGUUAAUAAUUCCUCCGCCAAUCUCGAGACCGUGUGCGGAGCGCCAACCAUCCAUCCAGCCAGCGCCUGAAUUAUGUCAUUUAUUACAGAUCUCUCCACUUGCUCAUUUUGACUAUCUGGGAUGGAUACUGACAACAGCAAUCGUUUGGUUUUCUAUUCGAAAGUUGGCAAAUUGCAAGAGUUGGCUUGUGUCAACAUAGCAUCUCAUCUGUGGUAUCACGAUAGAAAAAACAAAUACGAGUAUUAUGGAACAAAAACCACCAUUGAGCUCAGCCAGCUGCCAACUAGAAUUCAGGAUAUGAUCCAUAAGCAUGUUGAUGCAGUAUCUCGAAGUCUGAAUCAUUGGUGUACAUUCAAUAGCUACCUUUUCACCGAGUCUGAGAAUGAAAACGAAUUGUGUGAUUUUGAAUUGGUUGAUCUAAUUUCGUGGAGCGCCGAUUGUACCAUUAAUUACCGUCAAACUGCUCAAAAGUUGGUUCAAAGUGAUGAAUUGAGCGGCAAGCAAAAGUACCGAGUGGCAUGUGUCUACUGUUUCCCCGAGGAUAUUAAGGCAUUAAUGGCAGAAAAGCACGAAUAUUCACAUCCUUUGGUGCAGUACUGGAAUUGUAGGUUGGAAGACAAAGCAAAUAAGUUGAUUGCGGAGAGUGAUGAGUAUAGUUCCCCUGAAGCCGGUUUAUUAUGGAACUACAAACCUGACGACGAUUCAUGGAUUACUUUAUCAGCCUUUCAGUUCUUUUGGGAGUAUCUAAGUGACGAUGAACGAAUUAGAACAAUAAUUGAAAGAAGCCGUUUUUUAAAGAAGUUUCUAUCUUUUGCAUUGUGUAACAUCGAAGAGAGACAAUUAGAGUGCGUGAUUGAAUCACACGCAGCACACAUUAUGAUCACUUUAUUUCAUCAAUCUGACACCUUUGUUAUGCUCUUAUGGAAUCAUGUUAAAACUAGAAGUAUAAUCACCGUAAGUAGCUUCUAUGAAAUUAUGUUUGGAUUAGUGGAAGAAUUCGCUUAUGAAGCAGCUUUUCAAAUAUGGAUCAGUGCAUCUGAUGAAUUGAGGAAAGGAACACUCCUUAGUCAGAACGUAGAUAUUCUACUGAAACAAUUGAUAUGUGCCGAUCGUUUUCGACCUGUUACAGUGAUUUUUGGUGAAACUAAAUUGCUGAUGGAGUUGUUAUCUGCGUAUCCCUCUGAAAAACGAGAGACAUUUUGGAAAGAACAAUGGAAAGAUGUAAUCGUUGGUGCGAGUACAUCGCCUGAAGAUUUGCAAAUGGUAAUGAAACUAUGUCUGGGUUGUGAAGAUAAGAUUGUCUUGUUUAAGAAGAUGUAUAUGUGCGAAUACUCUGAAAUUGAGUAUAGUCUAAAAAUGAUGAUAAAACGAAAACGCAUUCAAGAAUUAUGCACGCUUUUAACGUUUGUCACAAAUGAUGCUGCGAUUAUUUAUGACUUGAGAAUUCGUAUCGUUAAAUCUUCAUAUUUUCUCCAGAGUUACUUCGGUGCUUGGGCAUUUAGGUCUCCUGAAGCAGCAGCACCAUUUGACAAAUUUAUUGAUGAAACUUUUCCUGAUAAAAGCCAAUUGGAGGAUUUCAAAUCGCAUCUGAUGGACAUUGGGACUCAUUCGUGGCAUUAUUUUCGCGAUUGGAUAAUGAAUGGUGAAUUUGAUCUGCAUAUCACGGGCUUCUACGAUCAUCUUUUCUCUUCAAUGCCACAUUUAUUAAACCACGCCAAAAAUACAUUAUUGGAAUGGUUUCGUGAGGCGCUGCAGGGCGAUGAAUCAUUUUCAUUUACUAAUCGGGAGAAGGCUGUAAACUGGUGUGUAAACGAAGAUAUCCAUUUAUUGAAAAAGUUUAAGGAAACAAUACCUAUAUGCUGAUUCAAUUCUCCAUAUGUGGAUGGAUAGAUGUAUGCGUCAAUUCAGAGAUUGGGAUCCAAAUGUAGGUAUGUUUCAUCAGUGUUACGCUUUGGAGAUGUUGAUAUCUCUCCUUUGUUGGUUACUUGAGGACGAUGAUAAAAUACUAGAUUUCAUGUUGAAUAAAUUGAAUACUAAUAAGAGUUUUAAAGAGAAAAUUGAGUCGAUGCGAAAAUCAGAUGAAAAACUACAGUUUGGCACGUUACUACAGUGUGUUUUCCAUAAUGACACGUUACUUCAGUGGUCGUUUUACUAUAAUGACGAUGAUGUGAAUGCAGAUUACGCUGAUUAUUUCGAAGCUUGGUUAUUUGAAGAAUGUGUUGAUUAGUUUUUUAGAUAUUUUACAUGUACCAUUGUUUAAAACUAACAAUUUUCAUUGUGAAUACCAAUGUGCAUACAUAUCCGCAUAAUAAGUAUUACAACUAUUUUGCAUUU